CCUGCCGGCAAAGCCACCAGGGAGCCUGAGCUGUGCAACGGGAGCCUGCCUGCCCCGGCCACACUGUCACCCCAGCAGCUGCGGGGAACGUUUGCAAAAAGAUGUUUACAGUACUUUCCCACCAGCCCUGUCAGCAAACAGGUUUCAAGGUGCUCUCCAAAACGUCAACCAUUAUCACUUUGGUAUUUCUGCUUCUAAGCAUAGUUGUUGUUAUUGCUGUUACACUUGUUCAGAUCAACCACAAAGAGAUCCUUUCUCCAGGACUGAAGUAUGGGAUAGUGCUUGACGCCGGAUCAUCUCGGACUACAGUCUACAUGUAUGAAUGGCCAGCAGAAAAAGAAAAUGAUACAGGAGUAGUAAGCCAAACCUUCAAGUGCAGUGUGAAAGGCCCGGGCAUAUCCAGCUAUGGGAAUAACCCUCAAGAGAUUGUCAAACCCAUUGACAACUGCAUGAGUAAAGUAAAGGAGAAAAUUCCAUCUCACUUGCAUAAAAAUACCCCAACGUAUCUGGGAGCUACAGCUGGAAUGCGACUACUGAGGUUGAAAAACGAAACGGCAGCCAAUGAAGUCCUUGGGAGCAUUCAAAACUACUUCAGAUCCCAGCCCUUUGAAUUUAGGGGUGCUCAAAUCAUAACUGGGCAAGAGGAAGGGGUGUAUGGAUGGAUUACAGCCAACUAUUUAAUGGGCAGUUUCUUGGAGAAAACCCUUUGGAGGAGAUGGGUCCAUCCUCAUGGAGCAGAGACUACGGGUGCGCUUGAUCUAGGAGGAGCCUCCACUCAACUAUCAUUUGUCCCAGAGGAGUGUGUGCAGAACUCCAAUAGCACAUUACAGGUGCAGCUGUAUGGCUAUGAGUACAGUGUGUAUACUCACAGCUUCCAGUGUUAUGGAAGAGAUGAAGCAGAGAAAAGGCUCUUAGCCUCACUAGUGCAGAAUUCAAGAAACAAGACCAAGGUUGAUAAUCCAUGCUAUCCCCAGAACUAUGAAACUGUUUUAACAAUGAAAAGUUUGCAUGGAAGCCUUUGCACAGUAUCUCUAAGGCCAACAAAUUACAACCCAGGCCAACUCAUAAAUUUCAGGGGAACUGGAGACCCAGCUCUGUGCCAAGAGAAGGUGUCCUUAUUGUUUAACUUCACUGCUUGCAAUGACAAGGGGGAAGACUGUUCAUUCAAUGGAGUCUAUCAGCCAAAGCUUAAAGGGAAGUUUGUGGCCUUUUCAGGAUUCUACUAUACAGCCAAUGCUUUGAAUUUAACUGGACGCUUUCCCCUAGCUGCUUUUAAUUCAAGUAUGUGGUUUUUCUGCUCACAGAACUGGAGUCAGCUUCCAUUUAUGCUGCCUAAGUUUGAAGAAGCAUAUGCUAGAUCCUACUGCUUUUCAGCAAACUACCUCUAUUACCUGCUUGUACAUGGAUAUAAAUUUAACACGGAGACUUGGCCCCAGAUACAUUUCCAAAAAGAAGUUGGUAACAGCAGUAUAGCAUGGUCUCUUGGUUACAUGCUGAACCUCACCAACAUGAUCCCAGCAGAAAGCCAGCUGAUCCAGCUACCUGUGAACCCUUUUUUGUUUGCUGGUCUCCUCUUUUUCUUCACAGCCGUGGCAUUGCUGUGUCUCAUCUUUGUUGUUUACUUGUGUGUUGUAUCACGCAUGCGAAAGAAUAUCAAUCAUAUGGACCACGUACUUGCUACAGAAUGAACAGACUCUCAGUGACAGCAGAAGACAAAAACUUGAAAUGUUCUUUGAAGAACUGCAUUUUAGAAAACCAAGGGAGAAAUAAAUAAAUAUAUUUAUUAAAAAAAAAGGGAAAAAGGCCAGAAACAUAAGUAGAGUGGAGAACAGAAAUCAAGGAACUGGUAUUUAUAAUGGAUUGGAUCUCUCAAGAGAGGUCUCAGCACUCGUUGCUAUAGACUUAUGGUGUUAUAGUGUAACAGGCAACUUGUCAGUAAACUGUAUUGUUUGUUAAGCAUUUGGGGGAGAGGGGGGAAAGAACCACCAUUCACUACAGGUUAUUGUGGCAUAAAAGUCUCCUUUAGACUUACCUGGUCAGUAGUUCCAAGAUACAAGCACAAGGACAAAACCAUAGGCUAAAGGAAGAUAGUGGCAAUACUCAUCUGUCGAACUGAAGCUAAAAGAAAAACUCAUUUCUGAAACGGGUAAGGUCAUUGGCCACUAUCUAUGGGUUGUAACUGCGAGGUGCACUCAGAAGGAAAACAAAAAAACAAUGAUUUUCAUUACCACAUAGAACAUGACAGAAGAUUUAGGCUACCAUGUAAAGUUGAUCACUAAAUUAUUGAACAACUCCCUUCUCAUUUAGUUAUUAAUAAAAACCCAAGCCCAUGAUUGCAUAUUGCUAUACAUUUUGACAUUCAGCAACUUUGUAAUAAAGGUUGCUUCAAGAUUUGUCCUGAAAGCAAGCCUGAACUUCCUCUGUUUUGUACUUUAAUAAUUAAACGGAGUCUCCAAGUGUGCCAGACUGACUCUCCAGAGAGC